AUGGUUUCAGCAGAAUUCGAAGAAAAAGCAAAUACCGUGUCCAAUUUGGCCAAAAGACCAUCCGAUGACGAAUUGUUGAAGCUCUACGGUCUCUACAAGCAAGCUACCGUUGGUGACAAUACUACAGACAAGCCAGGUACUUUUGAUUUCAAGGGUAAGUACAAAUGGCAAAGCUGGAAAGAUUUGGAGGGAACCCCACAAGAGGAAGCUGAGAAGAAGUACAUCGAAUAUGCAGUGGAAUUGAUCAACAAAUACAACAACUAG